AUGAGUGAAGAUGCAGUUUUCUUCAGACAGGCUGCUGAAGCUAUAGUGGCGACCUCAUUGAAUGCAGAGAAUGUGGACCCAACUAUAAGGGAACUAUUAAGUAGAAUCAAAUACGUGAGUCCUGAAAUCAAAAAAACAGAUGUGAAUACAAGUACAAGUUUGCUCCCGACUGAGGAUAUCAAGAUUGGCAGUAGUGAGAAAGAACCUGAUGUAGUCUUCAAACCUAAGGAAAGACAAGAUGUGGAAGAUAGUGGUAACGAAGAUACACAGGAUGCUAAAGGAACAUUGCUACAGGAUAGGCAGUUCCAUUGUGCUAAGUGUAAAUUAGUAUUUCGUAGAUCGUCGGACUUACGAAGGCACGAAAGAACGCAUUUGCCAGUUUUACCUAAUAUCUGUUCGCAGUGUGGUAAAGGGUUUGCAAGGAAAGAUGCAUUAAAGAGACAUUUUGAUACUUUAACCUGUAGAAGGAACAGGAGCAAGUUAUUAAGUAUUGGUGGUGACAUAAAUGAAAUUUUGGAAAGGGCUCAACAAACAGGUACAGGGUUAUGA